AUGGUGGAGCACCGCAUGUCGCUCGUCUUCAACGUCAAGCGCUCCCUCCUAGAGAGAGUGGCGCGCUGCACGGGAGCUAAAGUUGCUCAGUCUGCUGAGACUCUGGAUCGGCUGGGGCAGUGCCAGCGGUUCUGGACGCGGAAGUUUGUGGAGGAGUGGGAUGCGGUGGGGAGCGGUGGCGGUGGGGUGGGGGCGGAGGGAGGUGUGGCGGGGGGCAGGGGGAGGGGGUCUGGGAUGGGUGUGAGUGGAGUUGGUAGUGGUGCUGGUGGCAGUGGCGGUGGCAGUAUUGCUGCUGCUGGGGGUGGUCGCAAGAACGUGAAGACGCUGUUGUUUCUUGAGGGCUGCCCGAUCCCUCUCGGCUGCACGGUGCUGCUCAUGGGGGCGCCAACAGCGGAGCUGAAGAGGGUGAAGAGGGUGAUGCACUUUGCACCCCAUCUAGCCCACCCACUGGCCCCGGUGUCCCCAUCAGAGCACCAGUCGAUCCUGGUGUGGGCGUCCAGCCGCUGUGUGUCGCGCAAGCUGCUGUGCGAGCCACCGGAGCUGAUGAGAAUUAAAUAUUACGGCGACAGGGACAUGCCGCUGGGGCACUUUCUCACUCAGUUCGUGCUGAACCCCCUCUGGCGCUGCAAGUGCGGCAUGCCAUCGCAGGACCACGUGCGUGUCUAUUCCCACAAAGAAGGCUCCCUCACCAUUUCCGUCCGCAAGGCCGACGACAUCCUUCCCCCGACACACCCCCUGCAACUGCCAGGGGGAGGGGGAGCAAGUGGGGGGAGGGGAGCCUAUGGGGGAAGCGGAGGGGGGUACGGGGGAGCCGGGGUGAGUGCGGGAACAGGAGAGGGGGACAUGGUGUGUGCGCCGGCCACGCGCCGCGUGCUCAUGUCCGAGGCUGCCUGCAAGCUGUCGCUGGGAAAGUUUCUGGAGCUCUCCUUCACCAACCAUGUGGUGGUGGGGCGAUUAGCAGCCUGCGGCCACUCGCUGCACCGCGACUGUCUACGUUUUUACCGGGUGGACGGAGUGGCGCCGGCCACGCGCCGCGUGCUCAUGUCUGAAGUUGCCUGCAAGCUGUCGCUGGGAAAGUUCCUCGAGCUCUCGUUUACGAACCACGUGGUGGUGGGGCGGCUGGCGGCGUGCGGGCACUCACUACACCGUGACUGCCUGCGCUUCUACCGGUGGGUGCCAUGGAAAAUGCAUGGUGUGGACGGAGUGGCGCCGGCCACACGCCGCGUGCUCAUGUCCGAGGCCGCCUGCAAGCUGUCGCUGGGAAAGUUCCUGGAGCUUUCGUUCACGAAUCACGUGGUGGUGGGGCGACUUGCGGCAUGUGGGCAUUCGCUGCACCGCGACUGCCUGCGCUUCUACCGGAGAUUUCGAGUGGGGUUGAGGAGAUUAGAGGUGGUUGCUUUUGAGGAGGAUGCAGAGUGCCAUGGCGUGGGAAAGGGGCACGGUAGGUGGAGGAGAGUGCAGGUGGCAGGGUGCGGACUGAACGUGAAGUCGUAUGCCAACAACAACCAGAUGGCCAUCAUGCCGGACGAGCGAGUGCAGGUGCUCGAGUGGAAUCGCCGCUACCUCAUAGUGCUUGCAGUGGCCAACAGACGGCUCUACCAGCUGCGCCUGCAGGUGCCCGAGAGGCUCCUAGAUGCUGAGAGGCCCGUGCUGCGGCAAGUCAUGGACUCUUUCCGGGUAUUCAGCGUUGCGGAGUAG